AUGGCGCACGAAAAAUCGUUAGAGGCACUUAAUCGUACAUUGAAAGACUUGCGUGAAAAUCAACGUUUAUUUGGAAAUGCAUUGAUUUUAUUAACUGGUGAUUUUAGACAAACGCUACCCGUUAUUCCGCGAUCAACCCCAGCUGAUGAAUUGAAUGCGUGCUUGAAAGCAUCUAAUUUGUGGCGAUAUGUGACGAAAUUAACACUAAACACAAAUGUUCGCGUUCAACUCCAAAAUGAUUCAAAAGCUGAAGUUUUUUCAAAGCAAUUGUUACAAAUUGGCAAUGGACGAAUUCCUAUUGAUAAUAAUGGCUUAUUUAAAUUUCCAGAUCAUUUUUGUCAAAUAGCAGAAUCAAAGGCCGAUUUGGUGCAAAAUUACAAGAAUCACAAUUGGCUAAGUGAACGAGCUAUAUUAGCUGGUACGAAUAAAGAUGUUAACGAGAUAAAUGCAGAUAUCUUGGAUAAAAUACCUGGUGAUACUGUUGUAUACCGGUCUGUUGACACAGUUAUCGACCAAGAUCAAGUAGUUAACUAUCCAACCGAAUUUUUGAAUUCAAUGGAUAUAUCUGGAUUUCCGCCACAUUAUUUGCAAUUAAAAGUUGAUGCAACCAUUAUUAUGCUUCGGAAUAUUAAUCAUCCAAAAUUAUCGUGGGAGAAAGUGAGUCCGCAGGCAAUACAAAAUUGUGUCAUUGAAGCUGGGUUUGGGAAAACAGAUAUGCCCCAUAACGAUAACGGUUGGACCGCAGAAGAUGAGCUUACGCUAUCAGCACUUGCUCAGUGA